GUCAGCUGAACCUCAGACUGCACAAGAGCGCGUGCGCACCCGUGGGAAAAAUCUCGAGACAGUUUUGCGCGUGGCACCAGAUCUUCACCUGAAAUAAAGGAACAGUUGAAACACCACAGUACCCUGAAGUUAGACUUUUGGUCUAACUUGAAAGUCUCAGUUGCUGGGAAUUCAGUAUUGUUCAGGUGCAUUGGAAGCCCCCUCCUGACCAAGGGGGCGUGAUAACAUUAUUCGCCCACGAUGAGAGCGCUUUUCCCGGUUUUUGUAUAUUGCAUCAGCCUGCUCUUUUCACAACUGCUGGCUCUACCGGUGAGAGACAGGUUGGAGUUCAUGACAAGACUCCAUCAGCUAAGAGAGGAAAAUACCAUCUCUCUGGACAUUACUGAGCGCCCAAACACUGACCAUGGGGUCUCCAUCGACCGCACCAUUCUAUGGAGGGCCAUCCUCUCCAAAUCGGCACCUCAAGACCAGAUAAGAAACCCAUUCCACAUCGGUCAGCCAAUGGCGGGAGAGUCCACCAAAACGGGAGAGAGUGCUAGACACAGAGGUCGUCGCAAUGUGAACUCAAAAGGCCACCAUAACCAUCAUAACGCUCAGCUGAUGCGUGUGGGAUGCGUCCUCGGGACCUGCCAGGUACAAAACCUCAGUCAUCGCCUUUACCAACUGGUCGGGCAAAGCGGACGCGAAGAAUCGCCCAUUAACCCGCGCAGUCCACACAGUUACGGAUGAGUCUAGAGGGAUGUCCGGCUGAAACCAAGACCAAGAAAACAGCGUUACACAUAUCUGUCCUGGUGUUCGUCUAUUUUAUUGCAAUAGGAUACUGCUGUAGUACUCUUUCCUCCUCUCCGCCUUGGUUUUCUGGAGUGUAUACUGUGCCUUUUUGGACAGAAAGGACCUUUUGUUACUUGAUGGUGAAUUUUGAAAUUCGGUGCCUCUGAAACACUUUGACUCUGGCCUCUCAUUUUUUGGUACUCAAACAGAUUCUUUAUUUUAAUAUUGUCAUUUCAUUAAGUAUUCAGAUAAGAGAUUAUUCCGGGUUACGCUGCAUUAUGUCCCGACUCAUCUAAGACUGUCUACUUCUACAUCACUGAUCACACUGGCUGAGCCUUUAAUGUGGAUUUCAACAAGGUGUGUGUGGGAUUGGAUUCCUGUCAAUGUGAGGCUUGUGUGUUUUUUUUAAAACUCUGAACCCUCUCACCUUGUGUCUCCAAAAGACUUUUAAGAAGAAAGCAGACUUUCUACAGUUGCUUCAUAAGUGGUGCAAGACCACCAUCUGAUACCUUGAAUACCUACUGCAACGUUGGGUUUCAGUGUUGGGUUUUAGACAAUGGAGAAUUGUCAAUUUAUAAACACAGUGGUCCCUUGGUUGAACCCGCAUAACAAUACAGUAGCAAUCGCCAUCGAAUCCGGAUUAACACAUUGUUGCUUCUCAGUGCACUUUGAGGUCUGGCGCCUGAAAUAUUACCCUUCACGUGGUUCAUAAAGUCACAAGAAUGAGUUAUAAUCCCCAAGGUCUCAGUUUCAACUCUGACAGAAUCCUGCUGGGCUUUGCCACAUUUUAUAAACAGAAGCAAGACUUUUCGGAGCAUUUUUAAAUGAUGGUUAUAACUCACCCAUAAAUACCCAUUACCAAGGUUACAGCUCCAUAAUAGAGGCUAAAACUAGCUAAAGGGCUGUUUUAAAACCAUUUUCUCCCAUUUCUGUUGCGAAGCACUCUUAAAGGAACAUUUCAUCAUUCCCAAAAAAUUUUUUUUGUCAUGAUUUACUCAUAAAGUUCCAAACCUGUAUGACUUUUUCAUUCUGCGUAACGCAAAAUGUUCAUACAUUGCACGUCAAAGGGAUCUGAAAUUGGUUUUGGACCCCAUUUACUUUGCAUUGUAUGGACAAAAACUUGGUAAACGACAACUGUUUUUAUCAUCAAUGCUCUCAAAAAUGUUCUUAACACACACUGACUGGCAUAAUUUAAGUGAUUCUCAAGCUCAUUCUUGUAACUCUAAUUAAAGAUUCUGGUUCUACCAAAAUUUGAGGAGCAAGCGUUCCAAAGCCUUUCGGGAAAAUGACCUUCCAAAAGCACUCUUCCAGCCGUGUUGUGUAUUUUAAGCAUUCCCUUUUGUUAUAAUAAUCAUGUCUGAAUAUGUGGGUGGAAACACACACCAAAAUACCCGACAGACGUAGGAAAAGUAGCUGUAAAAAAUGACAGAUUUAAAACUUUCCAUGCCUUUUGAGGGGCUGUGGAUGUCGGGGGAAUGCUGUGAGACAUCAAAGUACAUGUCUGAGGAUUAAAAUAGCAGAAGUAAUCCUAAAAAUCCUACUUAAACAUCAAAAAUCCAAUUUCAGCUGGGUGUCCAGGCCAAACUCUCCCACUAUGUGAUGUAUGUUAUAGGACAACUUGCUUUCAAAUGGCUCCAGAAAAUCAGAGAACUGACCAAAAAAACCUGAAUUUACUUGAUACCUUUCUGUGCAUUCACAUUAUACUGUUCAUUUGUCUUUAAACAGGCUUGAAUUUCAAUUGGAUUUGCUGGUAUUCAUCACUGUAAAAGUCUUGUUCCUUGUCAUGGCUGAUUCUAAUGAUGAUGAUCAUAGGAAGUAGUAAUCGCUGGUGCUUUGGCGCUAAUCUGCUCAAAGGCUCUCUAUAUAUCCGACACCAUUCUCUCUGCUGUAAUCGAUCUGAUUGAUGUCUCGUGACUAAUCAUAAUUAAAAGGCUUUUAAACUGCUGA